AUGUCUGUUCCCGUUUCGACGGCGAAGAAGCCCCUCCUUCACGACGACGACGACCACAUGCCGGAGUCGUACAAGUCUGUCAACAUGAAGAGUGUCCAGGACGCGUAUCGGUCGGUGCAAUCCCCCCGACACAGCGUGUAUAGUACGAUCCAUGCUGGCAACGGCGUCGAGUCGAUGUUGGCCGGCGGGUUGGAUCGGUUCUAUGAAAAGUACCGCGCGCUGUCGAGCAAGGUGAACCUGCACUUGGCGACGCCGGAAGUCCGCUUCGAGAACUUGAACUACGUUGUCCAAGCGCGCCAGAUGACGAUGGCCGAGAAGCAGGGGACGGUCGGGUCGUACGUGGGCCGCAUGUUCAACCCGUUCAAGAAGGCCGUGUACAAGGAGCAAGUGGUGCUGCAGCCGAUGAGCGGCAUCAUCAAGCCGGGCAGCAUGACGCUGAUUUUGGCCAACCCCGGGUCGGGCAAGUCGACGUUCUUGAAGGCGCUCGCUGGCAAGUUGGAGCAAAACAAGAAGUGCGUCCAAGGCGGCGACAUCACGUUCAGCGGGCUGAAGACGUCCGACAUUGACACGAAGAAGAUCGUGGGGCUGGAGACGUCGCCGUUUGCGAUGGCGUUCAUGGAGAGCACGCUCCUCCUUCUGGGUCGCCAGAAGACGUUGUGGCUACGCGAUCGUCCGCUGUUGUGGGGCAAGUUGGCCGAAGCAUUCAUCGUUGGUUUGUGCAUGGGCGCCAUCUACUACCAGCCCAGUUCGAGCAUCUACCUGCGCAUGCUCUUUUUCUCGUGCGCAGUGUUCCAGCGCCAGGCGUGGCAGCAGAUCACGAUCGGGUUUGCCCUGCGAUCGGUGUUUUACAAGCAGCGAUCGCGCAACUUUUUCCGCACAGUGUCGUACACGAUCGCCGAGUCGAUUGUGCAAGUGCCUGUGAACUUGUGCGUGUCGCUGCUCAUGUGCACGUUCUUCUACUUCAUGAGUGGUUUGUCAGCAAACGCGGGGCGCUUCUUUACGUUCUUGGCGACGUGCAUCAGCUUCCAGCACGCGUUGGGAGCGUACAUGGCGUUCCUGAGCUCGGUUUCGCCCAGCAUCACGAUCGGACAGACGUUGGCGGCGUUCUCUGUGUGCUUCUUUUUGCUCUUCUCGGGCAACAUCAUCUUGUACGACUUGAUCCCGUCGUACUGGCGUUGGAUGUACUGGUUCAACCCGUUGGCGUGGGGGUUGCGCAGCGUAGUCAUGAACGAGUUCUACAGCGACGACAAGUACACGGAUGCCCAGCGUGCGAAGAACCUGAAGAGUGUGCAGAUGGACUCGUUCGACGAGAGCUACAUUGGCAUUGGCAUUGCCGUGUUGCUGGCGUACUACGUCCUGUUCACGGCCAUGAACACGGCAGCGCUGCAUUUCUUCCGCUAUGACAAACGUUUGGGAGUUGCUGGUGGGUCGAAGGUGGGCGAAGACGACGAGGACAACGUGUACAUUGAGGUCGCGACUCCUGGUGGCACCCUCGUGAAGCAAGAGCGCAAGAAGAACCAGGGCCUUGCGUUCAUCCCGGCCAACUUGGUCAUCAAGAACUUGGACUACUACGUGACGUUGCCGACCAAGGUCGAGCGCCAACUUUUGAACAACAUCACGGCGAGCUUCACCCCUGGCCGCAUGUGCGCCUUGAUGGGGGCGACGGGUGCUGGGAAGACGACGUUGAUGGAUGUGAUUGCCGGACGCAAGACGGGCGGCCGCAUCGUCGGCGACAUCAUCAUCAACGGCGAGCCGAAGAACCCCGUGAACUUUAGCCGCAUCACGGCGUACUGCGAGCAGAUGGACAUCCACUCGGAGAUGUCGACGAUUGGGGAAGCGUUGUGGUUUUCGGCGAACCUGCGGUUGCCAGAGACGAUCACGGCGGAGGAGAAGCGGACGUUGGUGGAAGAGACGCUGGACUUGCUCGAGUUGAACGGGAUCAUCAACGAGCAGGUGGGCGACCUGUCGGUGGAGCAGAAGAAGCGCGUGACGAUCGGCGUGGAGGUGGUGGCGAACCCGAGCAUCUUGUUUUUGGACGAGCCGACGUCUGGGUUGGACGCGCGGUCGGCCAUCACGGUGAUGAAGGGCGUGCAGUCGAUUGCGCGCACGGGCCGCACGGUGCUGUGCACGAUCCAUCAGCCUUCGAUCUCGAUCUUUGAGUUGUUCGACGAUUUGUUGCUGCUGCAGCGCGGAGGGUACAUCGCUUACUAUGGCGAGCUUGGCAAGGACAGUUGCAAGCUGUUGGAGUACUUUGCGUCGAUCCCUGGCACGGAAGAGAUUCGUCCUCAGUACAACCCUGCCACGUACAUGCUGGAGGUGAUUGGUGCUGGUAUCGGCCGCGACACGAAGGACUACUCGGUGGAGUACAAGAACAGCAAGCUGUGCGAGUACAACGUGGAGAAGGCCCUUCGCCUGGCGGAACCGUCGACGGAGUUUGUGGCAUUUUCGACGCUGAACUGGACGCCGAUGGCGACGAGCUUUGGCAACCAGCUCAAGGAGUGCGUGACCAAGUGCUUGCAGACGUACUGGCGCAGUCCCCAGUACAACUUUGUGCGUCUGGCGUCGUUCCCGUGGUUCGCGUUGGUGUUUGCCACGACGUUUUACAAGUUGCCGCGCGACAACGUGUCUCAAAUCAAGUCGCACAUCGGGCUGAUCUACAACUCGAUGGAUUUCAUCGGGAUCAUCAACUUGAUGACGGUGCUCGACAUCACGUGCUUGGAGCGUGCUGUGUUUUACCGCGAGCGCAUGUCCAACUACUAUGGUCCGCUGCCGUACAGUCUGUCGCUGUUUGCGUCGGAGGUGCCGUACUUGGUGGUGGCAGUGUCGCUCUUUGUCUUUGUCGAGUACUGGAUGAUCGGUUGGGUGCCCGAGUACUUUGUGUUCUUCUGGGUCACGUUCUUCCUGUACACGUCGAUCUGUACGUUCUUCGGGCAAUGGAUGUGCGCGCUGUGCCCGAACACCAAGGUGGCGAACGUGGCGGUCGGUGCGCUGUCGUGCAUUUUCAACUUGUUCAGCGGGUUCUUGCUGCCGUACCCGAUGAUGGCGGACUGGUACAAGUGGAUCGUGUACGUUGUGCCGUCGAGCUACUCGCUGCGUUCGUUGGCGGUAAGCCAAGUGGGCAUCUGCGUCACCAACAGCGAUGGCACGAAGACCGGCAACGCGUGUAUGCCGUUGGUUGGCCAAGCUGGCAGAGCGAGUAGAUAG